AGAGCAUCUUGGCACAGGACGCUAUAGCGAUCGAUGCUCGUCAUCAGUGGCGCGCUCGCAGGCCUGCUGCUGGCGCCCUCGCAGCAGCGGCCCGCGCCGCGGCGCCUCCUCGUGCCGCAGCGGCACGCGGUCUCGCUCAUGUCAGAGUCGAUCGUCGUGACGGACGGCACCGAUUCCUUCUACGCUAGCCGCGGCCUCUUCCAGCUGCUGCACGACCACGGCGCGUUCGAUAAGAUCACGGCGUGCUCGUCGUCGACAGCGGAUGCGAAGAAGAUGCUCCUCUCGCGGCAGGCCCGCUACUCGGGCCUCAUCGACGUCCUCCACUUCAGCGAGUCUCCGCUCGGCGACACGAUGGCGGGCGCGACGACGUGGCUCGCGGUCAAUGCGGAGGAGGCGGCGCUGGAGGGGCAGCUGGCGCAGGCCAAGGCAGCGGGGGUGCGGCGCGUCUUCGUCCACCUCGGCGCCGACGGCCCCAGCCCGACCGUCGCCAACCAAGAGGCGCUGCACUCGGCGCUCGAGGCGUGCGGGGCCGAGUACACGGUGAUGCGCGCCGGCUCGCUCACCGCGGGCGGGCUCGGCGGUGGGCUGAAGCUCUCUGCGCUCGACGAGCCGACCUGCGCAGAGCUCCCGAAGGACGACGUCUUCCGCUUCAUCACAGAGGCGCUCACCCUGCCGGAGGCGUCCGGCCGCCUCUUCUCCCUCUGCCCCAACCUCGACGACUCGCAGUUCCGCGAGAUGCGCCGCGCGGGGUGCGACCGCCGCGAGGAGGCCAAGGCACGGGACGCAGCCGGGAUGCAGCCGAGAGCCGAGGCGCUGCUCGAUGGCGUCAUUAGCGAGACGGCGGCCGUGGACGCCGCCGCCGCCGCCACGGCCGCGAAAAAGGACAGCGAGGAGGCCAAGCUGCCGCAGCAGACGGCCGAGGAGAGGGAGGCGGAGCUGAAGAAGCUGCUCGAGCAGGCGCGCCUCGACGGCAUCGCCAACGCCAAGCGGAGGCAGGAGGAGGAGGAGGCCAAGGCGGCGGCGCGCGCGGAGCGGCUGCAGCAGAUCAAGGACCAGGCGCCCAAGGGGGUGGAGGAGGGCGAGGAGGAGGAGGAGGGCAAGAAGGGCGACGGCGCGGACGACAAGAGCGGCGGCGAGGGCGGCGAGGGGGACGGCCCGGAGCCGCCCAUGGCGCUCGCCUGAGGCGGCGGGCGGCGGGAGGAGGGCGGCGAAGGAGAUGGGGCCGCGGUGAGCCGGCUCCGAGUCGCCCUCUCGCUCUGACCCCCCGCCCUCUGCUGCACACCCUCGCUGUGCACUCUCGCGGGGGCGAUGGUUUAUUGUGCCGUCUCACCACAAGCAGUACGAUUCGUGUACACAUGGCCAAUACUGCGCACUUACAAACACUGUCCACGCAUGCCAUUUUUUCAACAUAAAAGUUCUCAACAU